AUGGAGUCUCAGAGCAGCAAUAGCAGCCAGGACUCACAGGACAGCACCCUCACUAUUACGGACGAGAACAGAAGAGAAAUUCUGUAUUUUGCGUAUGGAAGCAACUUGUCCACGGAUCAGAUGCGGGAGCGGUGCCCGUACUCAACGGCUGUUGGGUUGGGGAAGAUGACGGGAUGGAAGUGGAUCAUCAAUAGGAGGGGAUAUGCGAAUGUGGUGGAACUGGGAAAAGAAGACGAAGACGCUGAAAUGAGGGAAGAAGAUGAAGACUACGAAGAGGGCGAAGACAGCGGAGAGAAGGAGGAGGAAGAGGAAGAAGCAGUCAAAGAACAAAAGGGCAAAGGCAUAAUGGAAGACCACGGCGAAGAAAUAAGCGAAGUAUAUGGCAUGCUCUACCUCCUACCGAUAGAAGACGAAGAGCGCCUCGACCGCUACGAAGGCGUGCCCUGGGCCUACGAAAAGGUCUACCUCGAAGCGGACUGGGUUAGCCACACAGAGGCCGUCAGCACAAGCGGCGGGACGUAUGUCAGGGAGGAAUUGACGCCGGUGAAGGUGCUGGUUUACGUCGACCGGAAGCGUGUGAGGGAUGGGAAGCCGAAGGAGGAGUACGUGGGGAGGAUGGAGAGGGGCAUUCGGGAUGCGGUGGAGAAUUGGGGGAUGAGUGAGGAGUAUGCGCAGAGGGUUAUGAGGAGGUUUUGGGUGGAUGGGUGA